AUGACAGAAUUAGCCGGCAUUUAUCCAGUUAAUCCAAACGCUCUGCCUGAUGCUGAAUUUGCUAUAUCAGAUAUUGCACUCCGGGAACUUGCGCAAGAACGAGAGUCUGAUUCGCUAAACAAUCAAGCACCAGGUAUUUCUGGAGUGUCUGCAGUAUGUGAAGGCGUCGUAGGAUUUGAGCCCGAUUCAGGUCUUGCAAUAUAUCAGCGGAAUAAAGCGCCUCUACUAAGCGAUCAGGUCACAAGCUAUGCUGAUAAAAGCAAACUAGAACCUGUCUUAAAUGAGACUGAGCAAAAUAGCGUCAGCCAAGAUCACACACCACCUAGGCCCUCUCCAAGCCUUUUAAACCUUUCUCAAGACUGUUUAGCCUUAGCAGAUAGUGACAUUGAAAAAUACAUCUUGGAUGGUACUGAACCUUCGUUUCCAUCGCUGAUAUCUUUAAAUGAUUCACACAAUCAAAAUCUUGAAAAAGAAACACCAUCUAAAUUUUUACAUCAAUCAUCUCCUAUACCAGUAAUACCGCUGAGCAUGUCUAAAAGAGCUAAACAAUCUGCAGAAAUUUUAAAUUCCAAGAACAAGAUUUUACAGAAAAAGAAUAAAAAGGAAAAUCUAAAGACAAAUUACAUAACGGUAACUAAAAAAACGACAGCAAAAAAGAAAGAUUUUAAGGCAGUAAAACAUAAAUUACCUGGUAGCAAGAAAAGUAUUGUGAAGAAAACGGAGAAUCCAAAAAAAAAUAAGAAGGCUAAAAAAUGUAUCGAUAUUACUAGCAGCGAAACUGAAUCUGAAAACACUAAUUUUAUAGAACUUAGCAAAGAAAGAGUUUUAAUAAAGAGAAAAAUACAAAUUUAUAGUUCUGACAGUGAAAAUGAAGAAAAUGUUAUGAGUCCAAAAACAUCCAAAGGAAAAGCUACAGAAGGACUACCAAUCAAACGGAUAAAAGACAAAAAAUCGACAAAAGACACUGUAAAGAUAUUGAAAGUCGAUAACACUAAUUCAAAUAUGAAAAAUAGAAAUGAAAAAGUUUCAGUUGAUGAUUAUUGCGUAGAAUGCUUCAAGAAUUACAAUUUUACUAAAUCAAUAUCAGAUUGGAUUCAAUGUGAGAUGUGUCGAAUGUGGUUGCAUGAAUCUUGUACAACAUUCACAAACCAUUGCAUGAGAUGUGGAAAGUUGAAAGCCCUGGCUUAUGAUGAUAAUUAAUUCUAAAACCAAAGUUGAUUGCCAUAUUGUUUUAUAUUUAAAAUAAAUACUAUUUUAUUAAUAAGUUUUAAGGCUAUUUUUGUUGUAUUUUUGUGGUUUAAAAAUGUUUAUUAUUUUAUAAUGUUGAUUAGUACUUAAUCAAAGACGAUAGUAAAUAAUAAAGACUGAUUACUUAAAUUGAUAUACUUUUCUUUUAUUUAAAAAAUCAUAGUGAGGCACCUAUCCCCGCCCAAGGCAAGUAUCCCCCGAGGCAUUUUUGACGUCAGGCUACUAUCCGCUAGAGUAGGCAACUAUCCCCUUUUUUAGAGGUCAAAUAAAACAGGAAUUAGUCAAAGCCCUUAUUAAUGAUGUUAACUAAAAUAGGCUACUAUGAAAGAUCAAAGACCUAUGUUUUGAUAUACAUGUUGCAUUAUUCUUCAUAAGUACAUAUUUUUUUAUAAUAGACCUUUUUUGAAAAGUAGGGCAACUAUCCGGGUUUUACCCUAUAUUUUUUAAUGCUUUGUUACUUUAAUUACUUCUGGUUGUGUUUGUAAACCAAAGUGGUUGGAAAUACCUGCACGAUAUUUAAUUGAUUGAUUUAUACAUUUUGUGUCCUGAUCAGGUGCAAAUCGGGAUUCAUCCUCAGAUCUCCGAAAAUGGUGUUAUCCUGCGUAAAUCGAGACACUUUGCAACGCUAUUUGUAGCUAACGUUACUACAAUAAGUGAAUGUAUCUAGUUCCUACUCAAAUUAGCAGUGUUUUUGUCUCUUUCGUAUUUAUAUUCGAUACGUAUCAUUAA